AUGCGACAAGCACCAUACAAAAGUCGUUUAGCAUCCCCUCUUGGUCUAAUGGCCAGGCCAAUGCAUUGCAGAUUUUCCAUUUCCAUAUUCAUGGCAUUUUACAUCCCGUGGUUCGUUCAAUCGGUGACUCUCCGGUCGGAUAUAGAAGCUCUCCAAAGUCUGAGAAACGGAAUCGAUCCAAACUUGAUUCCUCCAUCUUCAUUUCUCAACACUUGGGAGUUUGAAGCAGACCCCUGUGAUAGCACUGGGGGGAUUUUCCUAGGAAUCCUCUGCACGGAGCCUCAAAACAACAUCAGCCGCAUAUCGAUCAUCGACCUCGACGAAAGUGGAUACGACGGGUUCUUGAGUACGGCGAUCGGAAAUCUGACAGAGCUCACCACUCUUCAAAUCAGCAACAACAAAUUCAGAGGGCCAAUACCCAUUUCCCUUUACAACCUACGAAAGCUAAACACCCUUUCCCUAUCCAGGAAUUUCUUCACUGGCUCUCUCCCUCGCGAAAUCCAGAGGCUCAAAAGACUCGAGUCCCUCGAUUUGUCCGAUAACAGUCUCUCCGGAUCAAUCCCGGAGAUAAUUUCCGUGUUGCGAAGCUUAAACUUCUUAAGUUUGUCGAACAAUCAACUCACGGGACAAAUCCCUAACCUAUCUAAUUUAUGGCAGUUGAACACCUUAGAUCUAAGCAGUAACAACCUCCAUGGGACAUUACCACAUUUUCCAUUAAACCUAAGAACACUGAUUCUAAGCCAUAAUGGACUCUCAGGACAUAUUUCAACACUAGGGGCCAUGACAAGCCUCAAAACACUAGACCUUAGUGGUAACAGGUUUUCAGGGUCGAUAACCGGGGAAAUCGUCAUGUUACCGAAUCUGAACCGCAUCAAUGCCUCGCUCAACAACUUCUCCGUGGUGGAGGUGACACAAAUUCCCGGGGGCGAGUCGCAGCUUCAAGUGUUCGACGUGCAUGGAAACAUGCUGAGCGGAAGUUUGCCAGUGAAUUUGGUUACGUACGGGAAUUUAAGGGAGGUUAAUCUGGGGAGCAACCAGUUCUCGGGGCAGAUUCCGGAGGAGUACGGGGGGAAGCUGGGCGGCGAGUGGAGGAGUUUGUUCUUGGAUCACAAUUACCUGGUGGGGACUCUGCCAUCUGAAUUUACCGAUGGCGGCGGUGCAUAUGUGAGGGGGAGCGUCGCGCAGAAUUGUCUCACUACAUGCCCUUUGAACGUUCGGUGGUGCCGCGGAGGGCAGAGGUCGGCUUCGAGAUGCAAUGCGCAGAAUGGGAACACCACAGCUGAGAGCAACUUUUGA